AUGGCAGGUUGGUCUUACAGUAUGAAUGGCAACUUGGCCAAGGCACCUCGAUUCGACCAGGUCGAAGACUUUGACAAAAGCGAGUAUGAACUCUACAAAGUGCACAGCCAUAUCGAUAGCUUAGGGUUCUUCUGGGUCAACCUGGAUGCAGCUGAAAAGCCGGCGCUGAGCUGGGAGGAGCAGUUUGGCGGUGUUGAUAAACAACCCCGGCUAGAGAACUUCGACAUGAGCAACUACGAGUACGACCACACUUGGUCAAUGGAAGGGAAGUUCAACUGGAAAACACUGAUUGAGAAUUACAAUGAGGUUCGUGCAAUCAAUUUGAAGGUUUAUAGUCUCGCACCCUUCUUCAAGGGCAACAAGCAGAUGAACUACGGUCUCAACAAGUACUGGGUUGAGCACCUCGGUGCGAAAGGAGAGCAGCGUGCCAGCUCUGUCAGUCCUACGUACAUGUUUCCCAACGCUUCGGUCACUCUCACGUGA